CGUGGCUGGGCAUGUUGCCUAUGUCUGUGUGAAUAUAUAUUUGCGUGUUCGCACUUACUGCCCGUUUUGAGAUCAUCUCUAUUCCACCCGAAAAAUAUAACCUCAACAUCCUCAAAUAUUGGAAAAAGUUGAAUCGUAUCCCAGCAGUUACUUAUAUCAUACCCUUCAUCCAGAAUUCCAAGUCCAUCAAACAACUACCUAGUGACAUCCUCUUACCAGCAAUAAACAUGGCACCCACCAUCCAAAAACGCAAAUUGGCCUUAACCACCGCCACAAAAGCAUCAUCAACUUCCAAAAUCCGAAAGACAACCAAGCAUACACCCAGAACUCUCAGCGUCGCAGCCAUCAUCAACAAGCCAGCAUCCAUCCCCGCAGACAUGCAGCCACAGCUCCUUCGUAUAGCGGAAAGCCAGCGCACGGAUUUUGAGAAGCGCGUGUGGACGGCGCUGUGCCAGAUUCCCCGCGGACGGGUCACUACAUACGGCUUGCUUUCUGCAUAUCUGGGGACGUCGCCGCGAGCCGUGGGCAACGCGCUUCGGCGGAAUCCCUUCGCGCCUGAGGUGCCGUGUCAUCGCGUUGUGGCGACGGGAGGAUCUUUAGGCGGCUUUAAAGGCAGUUGGCCUAAAGAUGGAGAAGGAAUUACGAUUACUGAAAAGAAGAAGCUAUUGAGAGGCGAGGGGGUCAAGUUGGAUGAUAAGGGAAGGGUGCUGGGGACGGUCUGGUCAAAUUUUGAGUAGUAGAGGCCCUGGUUGAGGAGAUUGCAAAUGAUGUGAUGAGAGCGAAUUAUAUAUGGCGUUUAUUGCUAUUUUUACGAUAUAGGGUUAGGCACAUAGCUUUUGGAAUCAACUUUCUAAUUAAUAUGAUACUUGAAUGACGGAU